AUGCCUUCUGAACGCGAACUCCAGAUCAACCCAAUUGCUCUUUCCAAUCUCCACAGUCUCACUGCUUCCCUCUUCGGAGUCACAGCUGGAGUUCUCGGCCUCGAGUCCUACUACGGCUUCCUCGUCUACAUCGUCUUCUCUUUCAUCACCACUCUCCUUUUUUACGUCCUCAAAGUAGCCCCUGAAUCGCUUCCCAAGGGUCAUGCUCCUCUCGAUCCUUCGCGGUUCUACCGAGGACUCUUCGAUUUCUGGGUCGGCGGCAUCUCCAAUGGCAUCUCGGGUUUCGUCUUGACGUGGACAUUAUUUUAUGGAUUGGUUAGGGCAUAG